AUUAUUGAUACGGUGAGCAGAGCUAGCUCACUCUAAAGGAGAAUACACAUUUGGGGUAGCCAUUUGGGCUAGCCUCUUGACUUUUUGGCCACCAUGUGGGAGUUCCGUUCCAUGUCGUUCUGGCGGGCGGUGUUCGCUGAGUUCUAUGGCACCAUGUUCUUUGUGUUCUUCGGUCUGGGGGCGGCUCUGCGCUGGACCACCGGGUCCCACAACGUUCUCCACGUGGCUUUCUGCUUCGGCCUGGCCGCUGCCACCCUCAUCCAGUCCAUCGGUCACAUCAGUGGUGGACACAUCAACCCGGCUGUCACCUUUGCCUACUUGAUUGGCUCCCAGAUGUCCCUGUUCCGCGCUGUCUUCUACAUCGUGGCCCAGUGUCUGGGGGCGCUGGCUGGGGCCGCUGUGCUCUACGGGGUCACCCCCAACAACAUGAGGGGCAACCUGGCACUCAACAUGCUGCAGCCAGGUAUCAGCCUGGGCAUGGCCACCACCGUGGAGGUGUUCCUCACCCUGCAGCUGGUUGUCUGCAUCUUCGCUGUGACCGACGAGAGGCGUAACGGACGCCUGGGCUCUGCUGCCCUGGCCAUCGGCUUCUCUGUUCUCAUAGGACAUCUGUUGGGGAUGUACUAUACUGGUACUGGAAUGAACCCUGCCAGGUCCUUCGCCCCCGCUGUGCUGGUCAGAAAGUUUGUCAACCACUGGGUGUACUGGGUGGGUCCGAUGAUUGGCGGUGCUAUGGGAGCUAUUAUCUAUGAUUUCAUGCUGUUCCCCCGCAUGCGCAGUCUCUCUGAGAGGAUGGCCAUCCUGAAGGGUACCAGGCCUCCAGAGGCUGAGAGCCAGCAAGACGCCAGAGGAGAGCCCAUCGAGCUCAAGACUCAGGCCCUAUAAGCCUGGUGAAGAAGGUUGGCUUUCUGAAUCCCAAAUUUCCCUAUUCCGUACACAAACCUUCUCCGAACCCUCAACCCUACCCAACACACAUACACACACAUUACUCUUCCUCUCUAACCCACACACCCACAUAGUACACACAGACCAUCACGACAACUCCACCUUUCUCACCCUCCUCAUCCUUACUCUGCUGAUCCAGAAACAGUACAUGCUGAAUUACUGGGCAGCCAAAGCCCUAACCCUCCUCCGACCUGUGAACUAUGACCCCCUCCCCCCCACUUGGACAGCAGGACAAAGAUGGCGGGUAAGAAGAGGACUUAGCUGCCACUGAAGAAAGCACCCUGCUGCGGCCUGUUGUGUAGGGAGUGGGUCACUCCUGGCUGACCAGGUGGCUGUAACUCCUCAGGACAGGGGCAUCUCUCUCUAUUCUUUUCUAUCUAUAGUUUGUAGUCUGCUGGGAGUGAAGCUACAGUAGAGCAGUUAACUUCAUGCUUUUUCCAUUUUUUAUGAAACUUCUGGUACCUGAUGUGUAUGUAAUUAUUAUGCCCUUGAAGAAUUUCUGAGGAUUUUUUUCAACUCUAGUUAUAUUUUCAAGUCAUGCGUUGUGUUGUUUGUGCGUGUUUAAGAAGACCAUUGUUAUUUCAUUUUUUUCAUUAACAAUUCCUUUGUUCGUCAUCAUGCUGUUUUACAGUACGUACUUUACCUUUAUUUAACUAGGCAAGUCAGUUAAGCACAAAUUCUUAUUUACAAUGACAGCCUACCGGGGAACAGUGGGUUAACUGCUUUGUUCAGUGACAGAACAACAGAUGUUUACCUUGUUAGACUGCAGCCUAUUCUAAGGGAAAGAAGCAUCUUUUGUCCCCCUCUUCCUUCAAUGAAAGUUCUGAUUCAUUACUAAACACAUAUUUAGAGUGCUCCCCUUUUGUCCAAAAUCUCUUACAUUUUAGCCGUCUUUUUAAAAAUUGUUCUGUCUAAUUGUAGACUGUCUCUUCUAGGGGAGCACAAACAGUCAGAUUUAUAUGAAAAUAAACACACAACACACACACAAAAAAAACUCAAUCUCCAUUUCUAUUUAAACACAUAAUCUUGAAAUUGUAUAUUAUUUUUCAAUUAGUAUUACAAAAUUCCACUUCUUUGACCUGAUGUCUCUCAUCAACUUUGACUUUUUACAGCCAUGAUAAGUGCCUGAAGACAUAAAAGGGUUUCUACUGUAUGCAGUUCAGUACCAGUAUUAUCUGUGCCAGACUGUUACGUUUUACUCAGUUUCUGGAAUGCUGUUUUUUUUUUCAUUAAAGAUUUUGCUGUUACAGCGGUUUCAUGUACAGGCGUGUGAUAGCUGGAUUGGCUUUUAUUUUGUGUCAUUUUACUUAAUAACAAAAAAAAUCAAACCCUAACUGGCUUUGUCGUGUGGAUCAAGCUCAUUUUAUUAGUUGAUUGUAGUUCUUUCUUAUACAUAUCCUUUAAACCUGUCUUCUGUCUAGGCCGGGGAGAGGUUCUCUUCUCUCUCUAGGAGGAGAGGUUCUCUUCUCUCUCUAGGAGGAGAAGUUCUCGUCUCUCUCUAGGGGGAGAGGUUCUCUUCUCUCUCUAGGAGGAGGGGUUCUAGUCUCUCUCUAGGAGGAGAAGUUCUCGUCUCUCUCUAGGGGGAGAGGUUCUCGUCUCUCUCUAGGGGGAGAGGGUUCGGUUUAAGGUCUGUUUUUCCCUCCAAACUCAGGUUCUUAUAGCCUGGUUGCAGAUCAGUUUGUGCUAUGUUUCCAUUAAGUUAGCAAGACAACACAAAUAGAUCUGAAACCAGGCUAUGGUUCUUAUACCUGGGGGGGUAAAAACAGAGAAGAAAAAGAGAGAAGAGGAUCAUGUUAACUGAGGCGACUAAAUGCUUUAGCUUUGUGUUACUGGCUGGGUGAGGAUGAGGUAAACUGAACGUGCACUUGUAUGACCCCCCCUGACUCCUUGGUCCCCCUCUUCCCUCCAUUCCUGCUUUACCCCCCUACCUCCUCCCUCUGUUUACAAGGCGGACAUUUUGUGUUCUGAUCUAAUGAUGACAGGACAGUUGAUGGGAUGGAGGGAGGGGUACUGCAUUGUUGAACCAGCUCACUGUGCUAUUACACCCCCUUUCCGUUUCCACUGCUUGGUAGAGAAUUAAACUGAACCAGACAUGUAAGCUGAUUCUCCUUUUACUUUUACAUUCACUUUUAUUCCGCUUGAUUCCCCCAGCGAUGGAUAUAAUAGAUUUCUUUCCUUAUUUCUG